UGGCAGUACAUCGCGAAGAGCACGCAGGCAGCCGCAAAAACAAAAAUUGGCAGCAACGAAGAAGAAGGACGCAGCUGUUUUCUGCACGCUGUCUGACAGUCGACUUAUUUAAAACAAAAAACAUUUUGUUGUUGGAAUAAAAAGUCUACUUAUUAAAGAUGUCCGGGGAACUGCGGGCGGAAUUGGAGAAACAUUUGAAGGCUUUAAACAUCCAGACGAGCUGCGUGGAUCAUCCGCCGUGUGCUCACUCGUCCAUGUUUGUGUUGCCGAGGUUUUCACGGUGGAGGAAAUGAUGCCGCACCUCCGGGGGGUGAGCGGCGCCGUCACCAAGAACCUCUUCCUCAAAGACAAGAAGAAGAAACGUUGCUGGUUGGUGUCCGUGCGUCACGACCGGCAGGUGAACCUGAACGAGCUGGCCAAGAAGCUGUCGGCGGGCAGCGGGAACCUUCGCUUUGCGGACGAGGCCGCCAUGUUGGACAAACUCAAGGUGGGGCAGGGAUGCGCCACGGCUCUGGCUCUGCUCUUCGACGAGGACCGCAGCGUCACCUUAGUCCUGGACCGAGACCUGCUGGAAGGAGGGCACCCUAUGGUCUACUUCCACCCCAUGACCAACGCCGCCACCGUGGGGAUGAAGCCCGAAGACCUGCUGCGCUUCCUCGAGCACACCGGACACCGACCCGUCCUGGAGGACUUCGAGUAGACCGGGACAACUGGGAGGAGAUCGCGCUUCCGGAGGGCAGGAGGGAGCCGACGCCGCGAAACAAGAUGGCGGCAGCGGCGCUUCAAUGAGACUUUGAAGCAGGGACGGGCCGUGCGUUUGGGACUUUCGCUGACACGUCUUCACUUCGCGACCGCCGGCCGAUUUCAAAGCAGAGUUCUCCUGAUUGCCUCCCAAUACAAUGAAUUUGCUUGUUUUAGUGAAAAAAUACAAUCCAUCAGGUUAAAUAUUAGCACAAAUCAGCAAAAUGAUAAAUUGAUACUACACGUUACCAUGUCAGAAUUUCAUACAUACGGUAGACCAUAAUAUACUGCUGAACAGGUUGGCAACGUGGGUAGGACUAAAUGGAACAGUCCUUAAAUGGUUCAGGUCCUACCUGGAGGAAAGGACUUCUUUUGUAACCAUUGGAAGUGUUCAAUCUCAUCGAAUGGCAAUGACCUAUGGCGUCCCUCAAGGGUCAGUCCUUGGACCCCUCCUGUUCAGCCUGUAUACGCUACCCUUGGGGCAAAUUCUUCACAACUUUCAUUUUGACUAUCAUAGCUAUGCAGAUGACACACAGUUAUAUCUAGCAGUGUCUCCAGAUGACUGCAGUUCAAUGGAGGUGUUGUGUCACCGUCUGAAACAGAUAAACAUCUGGAGGAGCCAAAAUUAAACCACAACAAAACUGAGAUCAUUGUUUUUGGCAAUAAAGAAAAGAGGAUUGCUGUUAGUAAAUACCUGGAGUCACUCUCUUUAAAAACAAAGACCAAUCUCCGAAACCUUGGCGUCUGAUAGAUCAGUCAGGUCGCAAUCGAUUACUAAAACUGUAAGAACAUAUCCAGAGUGAAGGCUUCCAUGUGUCAAGCAGACCAGGAGAAGCUCAUCCGUGCUUUUAUCUCAAGUAGACUUGACUAUUGUAAUGGUCUUCUCACUGGAUUCCCGAAAAAGAGCAUUAAACAGCGGCAGCUCGGGUUCUGACCGGAACAAAGCGGUCAGAGCAUAUGACUCCAAUUCUAAAGUCUUUACACUGGCUCCCAGUCAGCUUGAGAAUAGAUGUUAAAGUUCUGCUACUGGUCUAUAAAUCACUAAACGGUUUAAAACCUGAAUUCUCAUUAUCUCUCAUACACACACACACACACACACACUAUACUAUCCUAUUCUCAUUCAUCCGGCUCAUUUAAUUCUCCGGACAUCGAAUCGAUCACAACCGGACGGUUCUGCUUAUCUGGAUGCAUUUAGGGAACUUCUGUAAAAAUGAAAACUGUAAAACAUGAUUAUAAUGCGCUUUUAAUUGUCAUCGCUUCUCCCCAGAAUCUGUGCACCCACGCGACUCUUUGACACGUGUAUUUCCAAAUGAUCUCUUUUCAUGGAAUAAAUGAUUGUCGUUGCUC